AUGGUUAGAACUCACUUAAUGGGGCCACUGUCAUGGGGCCGGGUCAAACGGCCGACUAUAAUGGGAACUGGAGUCCUUUAUCUGCUGCUGCUAUCAACCUGUCUCGGCCAAGACACAGAAGACUGGCAAUAUGAGGAAUGUAAACUGUCUCGGUCGGGUCCGCCUGCCACCAUCGUUGCCAUAGACGAAGAGAGCCCCAACGGAACGUUGUUGGUGGAGAACAUGCAGAUAAAUGGCGUGGCAGAGGGUCCGGAUCGUACCAUCUCUCUUUCUCUAAGGGAUAACCACGACUACUGGGUGAUUCUCGACCCUUCCAAACAAGCCCUUUACCUCAACAGCACUGGAAGGGUUCUGGAUAGAGAUCCCCCCUCAUAUAUUCAGUCCAUUGUGGUUCAGGUUCAGUGCACCAACGAGCUGAUAGGCACAGUGAUUUUACACGAGGUCCGCAUCGUUGUUCGAGACCGCAACGACAACGCGCCACAUUUCCAGCAGCCAAGAUACUACGUCGCCGUCAGUGAGCUGACACCAGUGGGAACCACUAUCUUCUCUGGUUUUUACGGGAACAAUGGGGCAACAGACAUCGAUGACGGUCCUAACGGACAGAUAGAGUAUACGAUCCAGUACAACCCAAAAGACCCGACAGCCAACAGAACCUUUGACAUCCCCCUGACGCUGUUUGGCUCUGUCGUACUAAGAGAAAGGCUGAACUAUGAAGAGAUAACACGGUACCUGGUCAUCAUACAGGCUAACGAUCGAGCCCCCUACCCUAGUGAACGCCGUACAGCCACGACCACUCUGACUGUGGAUGUAUUGGAUGGUGAUGACCUGGGUCCCAUGUUUCUACCAUGUACGCUUGUUGGAAACACCCGUGACUGUAGUCCCAUCACGUAUAAGGCUAAUGUACUGGAGCUCACAGAGCCAAAUAAGGUGAAUCCCCUCAAUGUGACUCCACCCAUACAAGCUGUGGACCAAGACAGAAACAUACAACCUCCCUCUGACAGACCAGGAAUCCUAUACUCGAUCCUCAUUGGCAAACCAGAGUCCUAUGCAGAAUAUUUCAGGUUAAACAGAACAACAGCGGAGCUCCUGCUACUAAAGCCCAUCGACAGAGAACUCUACCACAGAUUUGAUCUGGUUAUCAAGGCAGAACAAAACAAUGGUCACCCCCUGCCAGCUUUUGCCAACCUCCAAAUCGAAGUUUUGGAUGAAAACAACCAGGCACCCUACUUCCUGGAGACCAGUUACCGUGGCUAUGUUAGUGAAGCAUCACCAGUGGGAACCACCAUAGCGACCAACAUCAGCCUGUCUGCACCGCUGGCCAUCAUAGCUCUGGAUAACGAUGUGGAGGAGACCAGAGAUCCUCAGCUCCAGUUCUCAUUGGACAGCUAUUCUAAUGUUUUCUCUGUGUCUGCAACUGGAAUCAGAAGAUAUCUCACCCUGGUGCAGCCACUGGACAGAGAGACACAAGAGUCCUAUACAUUCACGCUUUUAGCAUCAGAUGGUGUCCAGCAGAGCGUUCCAGUUACAGUGACAAUAACCGUGUUGGACGCUAACGACAACACUCCAACUUUUGCUAAUGUCUCUUAUAAUGUCAACCUGUUUACUGAUAUUAUGCCUGGAGAAACUGUGUUACAGCUGUCAGCAGUAGAUUCUGAUGCAGGUCCCAACGGUCAGGUCACCUAUCGGAUCUUAGCUGGUGCCCAGGGACACUUUCUUAUUGGAAACAGCACUGGGGUCAUUACUGUGGCACCAGGUGUUGAGCUCACUGUGGGACGGAGCUACGCUUUGACUGUAGAAGCCAUGGACAAUGGGCAUGUGCCUCAUAGAAGGUCAUCCAUUACCACCGUCUAUAUUGAAGUUUUGCCCCCAAACAACCAGAGCCCUCCCCGUUUCCCCCUGCAACAGUACAACUUGGAGAUCAGCGAAGCAAUGAGGACUGGAGCUACACUUCUUAAUCUGCAGGCAGUAGAUCGGGAGAGAGACCCCAUCACUUACAAAAUCCAGAGCGGAGACGCCUAUGGACAUUUUGCACUACAGCAGAAUUCAGGGUAUUUGGUUCUGGACAAGCCUCUGGACAGAGAGUCUCUGGAUUACUAUACCCUGGUGGUCACAGCCUCAGACGGACAGCCAGAUGGGACCUCCACUGCGACGGUGAACAUUGUGGUGACAGAUGUUAAUGACAAUGACCCGCUGUUCGAUUCUUCGCUGCCAGUGAACCUUACUGUCACCGAAGAGCAGGAUCAUGCCUACGUCGGACAAGUCAAGGCUACAGAUCCAGAUCUGGGAGCAAGUGGUCAGGUCCAUUAUCGACUCGUCAACCACCAGAAGCUCUUUUCCAUCAACGCUACUGGAGCAAUUAUAACCACUGUGCCGUUGGACAGAGAGGUGAAAGGUCACUACUACCUGAUUGUUGAAGCCUGGGAUGGUGCAGUGGACCCUCGGCGAUCCAGAUUAACGCUGUCUGUCACUGUUCUGGAUGUAGACGACAACAGCCCGAUAUUCACCCAACAAACCUAUAAUGUCAACUUACCAGAGAACAGCCCCAAAGACUCAGUCAUAUUACAAUUAAAGGCGAUAGACGCUGACCUCGGCUCCAACCUCACAUAUCGAAUCAGAACCGAAGGCUCGGACCAGGGAAUUGUUCAGCUAUUCCACAUCAACCCAGUAACGGGAGAGCUUUCAGUUCUUCAGGUCCUGGACUACGAGGCGCUGACUGACUCAGAACCCACUUACACAUUCACUGUCGAGGCCUUGGACAGAGAGGGGACAAUGCCUCCUGGACUAGCCUCUGUCACUGUCAGAAUAAUGGACAUGAAUGACUUCUCUCCGGUAUUCAGCCAGCCAGUGUACCGGGGCAUGGUUGCCCCUAAUGCUGUCAAGGGAACCAUCGUAACUACAGUGAUGGCCAAUGACUCUGACCCUGCGGGUACCCCAGCAGGUCUAGUGCGCUAUAAAGUGGACCAGGAAGCGUAUCCAUACUCUGCCAGUAUAUUUGAUGUAGAGGAACAGACGGGACAUGUGGUUACCAGAGUAAACCUUAAUGAGGAGCCCAACCUCAAGUUCAGUCUGGUGGUGGUGGCCUAUGAUGAUGGUGAGCCUGUAAAGGAGAACACAACUCUAGUAGAGAUCACAGUCCUUCAGCCCUCUGUCAUUCCGGUGUUCACCCAGGAAGAAUACAGGUUUCCACCAGUGAGCGAGGAGGCUGGUGUUGGAACCCUAGUGGGAGUCAUCAUGGCAGCUGCUGUCAAUCAAACUAUCGUGUACUCCAUCAUCGAAGGCAACGAGGGAGGGGUUUUUGCAUUAAACGAAACAACGGGUGUGAUUUCCACAGCCAAGCCUCUGGACUACGAGGCCAAUUCCAGCUACAUUCUGAAGGUGGAAGCGGACUCCAUGGGAGUGGUGUCCUCCAACCUCCGAGCUCCCUCCAAGACUAACACAGCGAAGGUGGUGAUUGACAUUCGGGAUGAGAACGACCACCCACCGAUUUUCACCAGACCUCUGUACGUCGGAGGGGUCGCGGAAGAUGCCAAAACCUUCACGUCGGUCUUGCAAGUACAGGCUCUGGACAAAGACACUGGUAACUACAGUUCAAUGAUGUACCGGCUGAUCAUACCCCCUCAGGCCGGCAAAGACACAAAGGACAGCAAAGACGGCUUUGUCAUCGAACCAUACAGUGGUGUGGUGAAGACGGCAAUCAUGUACCGCAACAUGAGGAGGUCGUAUUUUAAGUUUGAGGUGGUUGCUACGGACAACUAUGGUCAAGGACACAGCAGCAAGGCGGAGAUAGUGGUGUCAGUCGUGAACCAGCUGGACAUGCAGGUGGUUGUAUCAAAUGUCCCUCCAACUUAUGUAGAGAAAAACAAAGACAAGCUGCUCAGUAUUUUGGAGCACUACGUCCAGGAUCAGAUACCGGGAGCAAAGGUUGUCGUGGAAACCAUUGGGCCCCAUCGUCAUGGUGAUGGAAUGCAGCAGGAAGACUACACCAAGUCGGACCUCAUGAUUUACGCCAUCGACCCUCUGACAAACAGAGCCGUAUCUAGACAGGAGCUCUAUAAGUUUCUCGAUGGUAAACUCCUGGACAUCAACAAAGAGUUUCAGCCCUUCCUCCCUCCUGGUGGACGGAUUCUGGAGAUCCGAACCCCCGAAGUGGUGACCAGCGUAAAGAAAGCUGUGCAGACUGUAGGCUACACAGAGGGGGCGCUGUUGGCCCUGGCGGUCAUUAUCAUCAUCUGUUGUGUCCCUGCCAUACUGAUCGUCAUUAUCACCUACAGACAAUUCAAAGAACGCCAAGCAGAGUGUGCCAAAACAGCCCGUAUCCAGAUGGCACUACCAACAGGCAAACCUGGCGGAGGCACUGCCAACAACCUGUAUGAAGAGCUGGGUGACAACGCCAUACAAAACCGGUCAAACCACAGUGGUGGUGGGAAUGGCGGCAGUUUGGAUGAAAGCGACCGCCAACGUCUGAUCUCAGAUUUUGCCUCCCGUGCGAUAGCUGCCCAUCGUCAAUGUGUUGCAAACGGAGGGGUGCUCAACAACCUGCCCAAGUCUGAGUCCAACAUAACCUUUCUCUCUGAUGAAAAUCCCCUGACUAUCAAAAAUCCCAUCUACCAUGAGGAUGGGACUUUGAGUAGUCCAGAGACUCUUGGAAGAAGCCAGAGAAGAAGAGACCUGCUUGGGAAUUUCUCCCCUUCCAGGAAAGGCCUUCGAGAGGCCUGGAUGAGGCUCAGCUCCCCUGGAGGUGACGUUGGGUUCGGUGGGUACAGUGGCAGUGACAGUGGAUGGGGAUCUGGGGGCGGACACAGCUGGACUCUCCCAUCAAGACUACAUCGAAGAGAGAUGUAUGACGCUUUGAGACGCCAAGUGGUUAUGGAUCCUGUGCAGUGGGAGCUAGAGCUUCUUAAGGCAGAAUUCAAGGAGAGUAAAGAUGCCGGUCUGGAUUCAGGAUUUGACCGUGGGUUGGAUUCAGACCUGAUGGGGAGCCCAAGUCUGGAACCUAAGCUGACAGUCAAAGAGCAAGCCAGACAGUUUGAGCAACAGGCGCUCCAAGAAAUGAGACAAAGGCAAAACAGGGAUUCGCGAGGAUCUUUGUCACCUGAUCUUCUACUUUCUGUUUUCCCGGAGUCUCCCCAACAUCACAAGCACAGCCCUACCCAUAACGUUCCAAUUGCUCAGACUAAAGAGGGUCCCCCGAGUAUCAUCGUCACCCAAAGUGACGGAGGAACCCCUCCACCAAGUCACAAGCCAACUCCUCCUGUGCUGCGGCGCUUUGGAGCAAAUUUAACAGGAAAUCAAAGCGCAGAUGACAGACUUCAGGUCCAUUUAGAGGUUAUCCCUGAUCCCCCUUCAACUCCUCCACCACCACCACCACCUCUAUCCCCACCACCUCCACCGCCUCCCACGUCUCCUCCUCCACACCAUCCUUCUUCCCCUCCUCCUCUCCCUCCUUCUUCAUCUCACUCCAACCACACAGAAAAGCAGGCUCCUCCUCCUCCUCCCCCACCACCCCCACCUCCACCUCUCCCCCCUCCUUUGUCACCCUCACUUCUGCAUCCGUCCACCUUUGUCCUCCCAUCACUUGCUGAGGCACCAGCUCUGCGGCCUGUAUCCCUCAGACCGCCACCUCCGCCCCUCCCCGUGGAGCCUGAACCUCCCAGAAAAGAGUUGAAGGGAAUCUUAAAGAACAUCCAAAACAUUGCGGAUAUUGAGAAGUCUGUUGCCAACAUGUUCAGUCAGAUAGAUCAGAAACAGAUCCCGCUCAAAAAGGUCAUGAAGAGCCGCGCCUCCAUGGAUUCUCUUGAUUCUCUCGACUCCUUGGAUGCAUUAGCAGCCGGAGGAGGAGGGGAGGGAGAUGAGGGAGGUAGAGAAGGAGGUGGAGGAGGAGAUGAUCCUCCACCUCCACAAAUUCAACCCAACCCAAACAUGAACUCCAUCGUGGAAGAACUUGAGAAACGAUUCCCCUCUCAGUCAACAAUGCUCUAG